AUGACAAACAAUACUGAACUUAAUCCGGCUUUUGUGCUUAAAGCUAUUGGACAUGCAGAUUUUGAAGACAGACCAAUCCCCAAAUUGAGGGAUGCUUGGGACGUCCGAGUUCAUAUUGCCCAAACCGGGAUAUGUGGUUCGGAUCUUCACUACUAUGACAAUGGGAGGAUCGGAGAUUUUGUCCUGACUACACCCAUAAUUUUGGGACAUGAAAGCUCAGGAACUGUUGUGGAAGUAGGUUCCGCCGUCAAAAAUCUCAAAGUUGGAACCCGUGUCGCGAUCGAACCAGGAGUACCGUGUCGACAUUGUGAUUAUUGCCGCUCCGGAUCCUACAACUUGUGUCCCGACACUAUCUUUGCUGCUACGCCACCAUGGGAUGGUACACUUGCCAAAUACUAUAUUGUCGCGGCUGACUACUGCAUUCCUCUUCCAGAUUAUAUGGAUUUGGAGCAAGGAGCUUUGGUGGAACCAGUAGCUUGCGCCGUGCAAAUGACCAAGGUAGGCAACGUGCGAGCCAACCAAACUAUUGUUGUCUUCGGCUGCGGUCCCAUCGGCGUCCUCUGUCAGAAGGUCUCCAAGGUUUACGGUGCAAAGAAAGUGAUUGGAGUAGAUAUCAGCCAGGGGAGACUAGAUUUCGCGAAAAGCUAUGGCGCCGAUGGUGUUUUCCUGCCUCCCAAGAAGCCCGCAACUGUUAAUACUGACAAUGAGUGGAAUGAGGAGCUGGCUAGAAUGAUCAAGGAAGAGUUCAACCUUGGUGACGGUCCAGAUGUUGUGAUUGAAGCGACGGGGGCCGCAAGUUGCAUCUCAACUGGAGUUCAUUUGACAAAGAAAGGAGGCACCUACGUUCAAGCAGGCAUGGGAAAAGAGGUUGUGGAGUUUCCAAUCACUGUUGCAUGCAUUCGUGAUCUCACAAUUCGUGGCUCAAUUCGCUACACGACGGGCUGUUAUUCAACUGCAGUUGAUCUGGUUGCCAGUGGCAAAAUUGAUGUGAAGCCGCUAGUCACAAACCGAUUCAAGUUUGAAGAUGCAAAAGAUGCCUUCCAAUUGGUGAGAGAGAAGCACGAGAAUGUCAUCAAGGUUUUGAUUCAGGGAGUUUAG